AUGCCCCGCAGCCCCGGGACGCGCCUCAAACCCGCCAAGUACAUCCCGGUGGCCACGGCGGCUGCACUGCUGGUCGGCUCCAGCACCCUGUUCUUCGUGUUCACGUGCCCAUGGUUGACACGAGCUGUGUCCCCAGCCGUUCCUGUCUACAAUGGCAUCCUCUUCCUCUUUGUGCUGGCCAACUUCAGCAUGGCCACCUUCAUGGACCCUGGCGUCUUCCCCCGAGCGGAUGAGGACGAGGAUAAGGAGGAUGACUUCCGGGCCCCGCUGUACAAGAACGUGGAUGUGCGGGGCAUCCAGGUCCGUAUGAAAUGGUGCGCCACCUGCCACUUCUACCGCCCGCCGCGCUGCUCCCACUGCAGCGUCUGCGACAACUGCGUGGAGGACUUCGACCACCACUGCCCCUGGGUCAACAACUGCAUCGGGCGCCGCAACUACCGCUACUUCUUCCUGUUCCUGCUGUCGCUCAGUGCACACAUGGUGGGUGUCGUGGCCUUCGGCCUGGUCUACGUGCUGAACCACGCCGAGGGGCUGGGCGCCGCGCACACCACCAUCACCAUGGCCGUCAUGUGUGUGGCUGGCCUCUUCUUCAUCCCUGUCAUCGGCCUCACUGGCUUCCACGUGGUGCUGGUCACUCGGGGCCGCACCACCAAUGAGCAGGUGACGGGGAAGUUCCGUGGGGGUGUGAACCCCUUCACCCGCGGCUGCUAUGGGAACGUGGAGCACGUGCUGUGCAGCCCCCUGGCGCCCCGGUAUGUGGUGGAGCCGCCCCGGCUGCCGCUCGCCGCUCGCCUGAAGCCGCCCUUCCUUCGGCCGGAGCUCCUGGAGCGAGCCGCACCACUCAAGGUCAAGCUUAGUGACAACGGGCUGAAGGCUGGCCUGGGCCACAGCAAGUCCAAGGGCAGCCUGGACCGGCUGGAUGAGAAGCCGCUGGACCUGGGGCCGCCGCUGCCCCCCAAGGCGGAGGCUGGCACAUUUGGCAGCGACCUGCAGACCCCACGCCCCGGCAGUGCUGAGAGCGCCCUGUCGGCGCAGAGGACCAGCCCCCCGACACCCGCCAUGUACAAGUUCCGGCCCGCCUUUCCCACGGGUACCAAGGCGCCCUUCUGUGGGCCGGGCGAGCAGGUCACGGGCACUGACUCCCUGACGCUGGGGGAGGACAGCAUCCACAGCCUGGACUUUGCAUCCGAGCCCAGCCUGGACGUCCCUGACUACCCGCCCAGCGGCCUGCAUGCGGCCUACCCGCCAUCCCCACCACUCAGUGCUGCUGACACCUUCUCAGGCGCCUUGCGCUCCCUGAGCCUCAAAGCCGCCAGCCGGCGGGGCGGGGACCACGUGGCCCUGCAGCCCCUGCGCUCUGAGGGUGGGCCCCCCACGCCCCACCGUGGCCUCUUUGCCCCCCACGCACUGCCCAACCGCAACGGCAGCCUGUCCUACGACACCUCAGCUGGCGGAGCCAGCUACCGCUCGCCCUACCUGCACGCGGGGGCAGCAGGCGACCCACCACGGCCCCCACCCCGCAGCUUCAGCCCCGUGCUGGGCCUGCGGCCUCGGGAGCCCUCGCCUGUGCGCUACGACAACCUGUCCAGGACCAUCAUGGCCUCCAUCCAGGAGCGCAAGGACAGGGAGGAGCGUGAGCGGCUGCUGCGCUCUCAGGCUGACUCGCUCUUUGGCGACUCGGGCGUCUACGACGCACCCAGCUCCUAUAGCCUGCAGCAGGCCAGCGUGCUGUCUGAGGGCCCCCGUGGCCCUGCGCUGCGCUGCAGCUCCAGGGACGACCUGGUGGCCGGGCCCGGCUUCGGGGGCGCCCGCAACCCUGCGCUGCAGGCGUCGCUGUCCUCACUGUCCAGUGCCGUGAGCCGGGCGCCGCGGACCUCCUCUUCCUCCCUGCAGGCAGACCUGGCCAACAGUGGGGCCCCGGGGGCCCGGCCCGCCAGCGGCUCGCACAGGUCGCCCGUGCGCCAGGUCCCUCCGUCCCCACCUAGCACUCCCCGCUCGCCCUCCUACGUGGGCCCCAAAGCCGUCGCCUUCAUCCAAGCGGAGCUCCCAGAACCGCCGCCCUCGCUGUCUGUGCAGAGGGACCACCCUCAGCUGAAGACCCCCCCAAGUAAGCUUAAUGGGCAGUCCCCGGGCCUGGCCCGCUUGGGGCCUGCCACCGGCCCCCCAGGGCCCUCCGCCAGCCCCGCCCGGCACACGCUCGUUAAGAAGGUGUCCGGAGUGGGUGGGACCACAUACGAGAUCUCGGUGUGA